AAAGGCGAGAGCGGGGUCCCGGCAGCGCGGGGCGAGCCGAGAGCGGUCCCUGCGGGCAGGGCAGGGCUCACCGGGGCUCCGCUCCGAGCGGGGAUGGAUUCGGAGGAGGAAUCUUUCAUCCGGCUGUUCCCCCCGGAGGGCCCGCAGGACGAGGGCUCGGAGGGCCCCGAGCAGCUCCGGAGGGAGGUCGAGCGGCUCAAGGAGUUUUACAGUGCUCUGGAGCAAGACCAUGCAAAGCUACAAAUAGCCGAAAAAGCUGCAGAGCAAAAGACACAAGAGCUGAAGAAAGAACUUAAUAAAAUUUUUGAGCAACAGCUGUGUUUAAAUGGAGAUGAAGAAAGAGCCUGCCAGAUUUUUGCAAUAAAGGAGGAGAACAGCAGAUUGAGGCAGGAGAAGCAGGUUCUGAAAAAUAAAUUGGAAGAAUUGAGGGUCCUCUGGAAUGAUCCUGUGAGGAUGUUAUCUGCCUUGCCCGAAAAGAAAAUGGUCUUUAAGGGACUCACAGUAAACAAGGACGACAUGAACAAGCUGAUGCUCACCCCGCUGAUCCGCUACCCUCUGCCGGGGGGCUCAGCUCUCAUCACCUUUGAGGAGGCAAAGGUUGCCCAGAGGAUCAUUGAGUUGAGGGAGCACACGGUGGAGCUGAGCUGUGGGGAACUGGAGGAGCUCGACCAGUGCAGAAUGCAAGUGAAGGCAGUGCCAGUGGAGCUCCUGGUGCCAUCUGCCCUGGAGAUCAGGCUGACUCAGAGCAGCAGGAGCAUCCUUGUGUCUAACUUGCCCAGCCUGGACAUCUCCAAGGAUGGACUGCUGGACAAGCUGGAGCUCUUCUUCAGCAAGACAAAGAAUGGGGGCAGCGAGGUGGAGAGCAGGGAGUUCCUGGAGGACUCUGACCAGGUGGUGCUGACCUUCACACAGGAUGGAGUGGCAGAGCAGCUGAUUGAAAAAGGAUUUAUUCAGGUGCCCAUUGGGAAAGGGACACACAAAGUCAAAAUAUCACCAUGCAUGAGUGCAGACAUCUCUAACAUGCAGCUCCAGCCCUCCCGCUGCCCCAGGACUGUCCUGCUCUUGGGCAUCCCCGACGUGCUGAGUGUGGAGUCCAUGAGGGACGCCCUGGAGAUCCACUUCCAGAAGGCCAGCCGCGGCGGCGGGGAGGUGGAUGCCCUCGCCUACGUCCCGGCGGGGCGGACAGGGAUGGCCGUGUUCGUGGAGGACACGGGCUAG